UUCGCGCGUAAGUGUAUGAGUGCGGGAAGUCUUGAAAACAAAUCAAGUAAAAUUUGUAGUAUUUUCAUUUGCGAAAUAAACACGAUAAGAGUGGACUAGAAAUUGUGAGAAAAGUGAAAGUAGAUGAGUGAAGUGUCACAGAGGCUGAUUUUUCAAUGAAUUUUGUACAAUAACUAUUUUAAGUGAUUCCAUUUUGAGGUCCUUGUCUAAGGGCAAGAAGUCCAAUGUCCAGAGAAAAAAGUCAAAUUAGCAAUAUGGAGCGUCGUGACAUGAUUUUUGUGUGCAACGAUGGAGAUCCUAGUACCUUUGAACAGGAUGACCUGGCCCCAGCACUUCCUUUGCCAUCUCUGGUCGACACCAUGGAGCGCUACUACGAUUCUCUAAAGCCCUUUGGAACUGAACAGGAGCUGAGGCAGUCCCGAGAGAUUAUUGAGGAUUUCAAAUCUGGCAUUGGGAUGAAGCUUCAGGAUAUUCUACAGAAAAAGGCGCAAACCGAGAAGAACUGGGUGGCUAAAUUCUGGGAUGACUACGCAUAUUUAUGCCUCAGAGUGCCGCUCUUACCAUUCUGUGGGAUGAUCCAUCCUUUUAGCUUGCCUAGUGCAGGAAUUCCUGAAACUCCCGAGAUGUCCCUCAAAGCAACAGCCUGGAUGUUCUACCAUGUCAUGGAGUUUUGGAAACUUUUGAGGCAAGAACGUGUAAAAUCUGGAUCCACAAGUGCCGCUCCACUGACGUCAUUCCUUCAUCGUCGUUUGUACAAUUCCUGCCGACUGCCCGGAGAACAGAUGGACUCCAUUUACACUAUCUUUAAAACGGAAAAAGAAGGGCAUUGUCGAAGUCAUUCCAUCAUUCUCGGCAGAGGUAGAAUCUUCGUCUUUGACUGUUUAGACGAGAAGGGAGAUGUUCUUUCUCCACAAGAGUACCUGUCGGUAUUUGAAAAUGUCCGGGAAGUUCUCGAUAAGGACAGAAAAGUUGGUGAUGGCAUAGGAGUUCUUACAUGUGAUGAUCGGACAAAUUGGGCAAUCAACCGGAAGAAGCUUUUGGAACUGUCAGCAAACAACAGGAAAAUACUUGAAUUGAUUGAGAGUAGCAUUUUGGUGAUAAGUCUCGAUGAUCAGUGCCCAAGUGAUUACAGCGAAGCCGUUGCUGAUAUCAUGGGCGGAAACCUUGUGUCAAGAUGGGCAGAUAAAAGUCUUAAUUAUGUAUCUUUUGCUAAUGGAAAAAUCGGCUGUGUAGGCGAGCACACUUGUUAUGAUGGAACUAUUGCUGUUCAUCUUAGCUCAUUCCUCCUGGAGAGCUUGGCAAGUGGCGAAGAACCAAAUUGGAGCACCAUGAAACCACUCCGAAAAGCACCUACCGAGCUUAUCUUUGAUGUCGAUGACUAUCUUCAAGCAGAACUGACUCGCAUGACGUCUAUGGCAAAAAAACUCAAACUCGCCGUUGGUGUGGACUAUUCUCACUUUAUGGACUUUGGCAAGGAAGUGAUUAAACCGCAUAAAGUCCACCCAGACUCAUUCCUUCAAUUAGCACUUUUGCUCACAUAUCAUCGUCUGCAUGGCGAAUUUGCAGCAACUUACGAGACAGCUCUCAUGAGAAAUUACUACAAGGGUCGGACUGAAACUGUUCGCUCAUGCAGUGAAGAUGCUGUGAAAUGGAUUAAAUGCAUGGUGGAUACCGAAGAAUUGAUUUCGUCGAAGGCGAAAUUAUUCAAAAUAGCUGCAAAGAGACAAACUCAACUUAUGAAUGAUGCAAGAUCCGGCAGAGGAAUUGAUCGUCAUUUAUUUGCACUGUGGUGUAUUGCACAUGAGAAUGGAAUUGAAAUUCCCAAACUCUAUAACGAUCCCCUCUACACUAGAAGCGGAGGUGGAGGCAAUUUUAUUCUAUCGACAAGUACCCUGGGAUUCAACGUAUGUGGUGGAUGUGUUGCCCCAAUGUGUCUCGAUGGUUAUGGUUGUUUCUACAAUAUUUUACCCAACAGUAUUAUUUUAAUCACAACUGUGUUCAAUGACAGCACGAAGACAAAUUGCAAGAAAUUCACUCAAUUCUUUCAAGAUUCUCUUCGGGCUAUGAGAGAGCUUUUGGACUGGGAUAGCACAUCGAAAUUGUGAGGUAUUUGUAUUUACAAAGUUUAUUAUUUUUAACUUUAGUUUUAAUAAAAUUUAUGGAUUGGUUGGUAUUUCAUUGUGAUGGGACAUUUUUGUAGUUUGUUUUUUUUAUGUAAAUGAUUGAAAAAUAAAUAAAAUUUUAUAGAAUUGAAA